AUGCUGCUCCGACUACUCCCAGCUCCCACUGCCAGGCAGUCAGCUCCUCCAACCAUCCUCUUCACCCUGCCGUUAACCACGGCUCCUUAUACUUCCAAGAGUUUGCCUCUUCCUCCGUUCCUCCUCACGCAUCGCAACGCUUGCGUCAAGGAAGGCGUCGACUGCCCCAACGCCUUGCUGGGUGACAAGGCCUCCUGGAUCCCCGGAAUCGUCGACGAGGUCACCUUUGACGUCAAGGAGCAGAGGAUCACCGUCGUCCUAAUCGAUGGAACGACCAUGGCCUUGUCGAUCAGCAGUGGAUGCCGAUCUGUGCUGGACGGUGUCGUAGCCCAGGUCCAGCUCUCGUUCGCCGCUCAACAGCAGGCUACCACCCCUACGGGACAUUCUCGAGCUUCUUCCAGGUCUGGAUCUUCGAGCAGCACGAGCAGCAGUAGCAGCGGAUUGAGGAGUCCAUCGGCACUUCUCUCUGCCCUGCUCUCACCCAUCAUGUCCAAUGUCUCUUCUUCUUCAAAGCCCGCCCCGCCUCCACCCAACCCGGCUCGCGUCCAUCGUCGUCAAGCUCGAUCCCUGUUGGUCGACGCUUUUCGAAGAUACGUCCUCGCCGCGCUCAAGGAGACCUUGCCCUCGAGCUUCAUGAUGUGGAGCCUGCAGGGCGAGCUGAACGCCAAGAGGCAGGAAUGGGAAGAGAUCAAGCGCGAAGUCGACGCCAUCUUGCAGCGGACCGGCCAAAGCUGCCUUGGACCGAUUUCAAUCAACCGAUCCCCUUCGGACGCCUCGUCGUCCUCCUCUGAAUGCCACGGUACGCUCGCUCGAGGUUUCGCUUCCACCGUCUCGAUCGACUCGUAUGCGAGCUCGUCUGCCUCGGACUGUGAUUCUACACCGCCUACCACCCCAGCCACUUCGGUUUGGAACCACGACGGCUCCCGACCGAGUUGGAGCAUGUCUCCGCUCGCCCAUCUAUCUACCUUGCCCGCUUGCGCCAGCUUGCCCUUCUCUCAGCGGACUGCCUAUGCUGAUCUCGUCUCCCGGUUGGCGGCUCUCGCCUCCCGUAUGAGCUCGAUCCAGAAGCUCGUCAGCAUGAUCGAGAAGGAGCAAGGCAGGAGGAAAUGGUUGGAAAGCUUGGAGGCUAGCCGUCAGGUCGACAAGGCGAUGAGGAGAUCAUGGAGCAACCGACAAUCCCUCAGGGGUUGUUCGGGAAGCGAGCUGUUGGCCAGGCCUACCCGCUCGAGUCCCCUCUGGCAAUCUCACGUGGAAAGGGACGAGCACGAGGACCACCAAUCGGUCCUGCAUUCGAUCAUGAUGGACGUCGACCAGGACACAUCAUCAUCCGACGAAGAAGAAGAGGCCAUGUCGUCCGAUGACGACGACGUCUUUUCCCCUCACAUCAAGGUCCGACCCAUCUCGCCUAUCGACGUGUCGAGCCUCUUCUCCAGCAUGCCCGCCGUCCCGGCACUUGUACCGUCGUCGCCCGCUGGUACCGAAAACGACGUGGACCCCAUUCCUGCUAUACUCGGACGAAGACGAUCGAGCGCAGGGUCGAUCAGUAUCCCGUCCAGUACCGACCCUACUACUAUGGACAGGCUCAAGAACCGACGUCCUAGUUUGGAAACGAUGGACCUGAGCAAUUACAGGAUCAUCUCGACCGCUACGAUCGACUCGGACGAGCCGGAAAACAACUCCAUUCUCGGUCACGUGGCUUCUAAUGAGGUGCUGGACAUUCCACCCAAAUCUGGCGAGGCCGGUUUCAGGGUCGGCGUCGCCAUCGUACGAUAA